AGCCAGACUCUAACCACAGGCCAGACUCACAGAGAGAGAAGACUGACCAGGAGACAGUGUCGACCUUAUAAAUUUUGGAAGCAGUGAAACGCUCUAAUAAAGAUGACUACAUCUACAGCUAAACUGCAGGAGAUCUACAACCAGCAGGGCUUCCUCUCAGCGCUGCCUGUGUUGAAUGAGGCUGAGCUGAGUGAGGCCAGGCAUGCGUUUUCUGAGCUGGAGAAGGAAUUUGGUGUAGAGUACACCACGUACAGCCUCCACAAUGUUCACCUUCAGUAUCCAUGGGUGAGGGACCUGACCAAACAUCCUGAAAUCUUACAAGCUGUCAAAGCCAUCCUGGGCCCUGACAUCAUCCUGCUUGACUCCCGCUUCAUAUGUAAAUAUCCAACACUCAAACCUGACAUCCAGGAGAAUGAAGAGGGAGAAGCCAAACAUGAUGGGAGUGUUGGAGAGGAUAGACUUCCAUAUGUGGCCUGGCAUCAGGAUAUGAGGUAUUGGGGUAUUGCUGGUGGCCCUGUUCUCUCUGUGUGGCUCGGUUUAGAUGACUCACUGGAAGAGAACGGCGCCCUUCGUGUCAUCCCAGGUAGCCAUCACAUUGGCAUGUUACCCCAUCGCCAAGCAAUCCGCCCUGGAAACAUGCUGUCAGUCAAUCAAGAGAUCCCAGAGGAGCUGGUGCAGGCCGAUAAUGCUGUGCUUUGCCCUCUGUUAGCCGGGCAGAUGUCUAUUCAUGAUGGACUCCUCGUCCAUGCCAGUGAUGCCAACACUUCCCAGAGGAGGCGCUGUGGGUUUGUGAUACGUUAUGUCCCCACCUGUGCAUAUCCCAUACAGGAUCCUGAUCGUCCCAGGAAAUUUCAUGCAACAGUGUUGGCCUCUGGAACGGAUAAGUUCAACCACUUCUCCAGCAAAGCCACAUCCGCUCUUCACAGUCACUUGCCCAGGAAUAUUUAAUCAUCAUUAUUACAAUUUAUCAAAUAUGCCACAGUUUGCACUAUAUAUAACUCAACUGUGAAUAGAUGAUUGAUUAAUAAAAUGUUAAUGAUAGUACAUUGUAUUGUAUUGUUCCAUGUAUGGAUGUAACUGAACUGCUUUCAAAUAAAUUAUCAAAAUAA